AUGCUGGCUCCAGGAAAAAUGGAAGAAGUAGCAGCUGAACUAAGAAAAUAUGAGGUGGAUGUAGCAGCCAUACAAGAAAUUAGAUGGAAAGAACAGGGAAUUAUAAACAAAAAAGAGUACACCCUCUUAUACUCAGGAAACGAGAAACAAGGGCAAGGUGGGACAGGUUUUAUAGUAAGAAAAAAAAUAAAAGACAAUAUAAUAGACUUUAGGGCGGUAAACGGGAGAAUAGCGGAUUUACGAAUAAAAGCAACCCCCUUUAACCUAUCAGUCUUAAACGUGUAUGCACCAACAGAAAAUGCUGAAGAAGAAGAAAAAGAAAAACUAUAUGAGAAUCUGGAGAAGGAAAUCGAAGGAAUACCCAAGGAAGAUACAACUAUAGUACUGGGGGAUUUUAACGCACAGAUAGGUCAAGAAGAUUACAUAAAACAAGUUGCAGGAAAACAUACAGUACACAAUGUAACAAAUGAUAAUGGAACAAGAUUGUGCAAUUUAGCUAUAAGUACGAAUAUGGUCAUAAGCAGCACCAAAUUCCAGCAUCCGUACCACCACAAAGUGACUUGGAGUGCCCCGGACAACAAAACAUUCACGCAAAUAGACCAUAUAUUAAUAACAAGAAGGAAACAAAGCUCUGUAAAGGAUGUCCGAACAUUUAGGGGAGCUUGCGCAGAUACGGACCACUUUCUAGUUACAGCAACUAUAAAGCAGAAGGUUAAAAGAUGUAGAAGAGAUGCUAAAAAAAAGAAAUGGAACAUUGAAAAAUUGAACCACACAAAUGCAAGAAAAAAAUACAGAGAUACUUUAACAAAAAAAUUAAGAGAACAGACAAAGUCAAAUGAUAUACAAACGGAGUGGGUACAAAUCAAAGACUGUAUAAAAGAAGCAGCAGCUGAACAUGUCGGAAUAAAAGAAAAAACAACAAAUAAAGGCUGGUAUAAUGAAAACUAUAAAGUAAAAUGGGUCUCAAAAUAA